CUGUCUGUGUGUUCAUGUAUUUGCCUCUCUCUCCUGAGUCAGGCAGUUAGGGGCCGUUCAUCUGGGGAACAUGUUCAGCCUGAUCAAACUACCUCGUGUCUUCACUGUCCACCAGGUGCCCAAAGUAAGUUUAACAAAUAAACAAACAAAAAAAGUACCACAGCAAAGAGAUAUGUGUGAUUUCAACUAAUUUGCAUUAUUUGGUUUUAUUAGUUUGGGGUGUUUUCUUGCAGUAGAUAAAUAAUGAAUUCUUUGUUUACCCUCUAAUUACUGUGCAUCCUGAUGUUCAACAGUUUGAAGGUGUGUACCCAAACACAUAUUGACAUUUUCAAAAUAAUGCUACAUAAUUUAGUUGAUUUGCCUUUAACAUUUUACCUGCAGAGAUAUUUUUGUUGCAUUUGGAGAUAUGCUUGUGCAACUGAUUGUUAUCUUUGUCUUAUUAAAUGAAAAGUGGUUUCUAUGCUAUGUUGUGAGGACUCUUUUCCCAUUUCAGGCAUUCCAGGAGGACAGUAUCAUCUUUGGUUAUCGACACCCUCGUAGUUCGGCCACAGACUGUGUCCUCAGUCUCUUCCAGCUCACCAACGAAACCCUCAAUGUCUGGACACAUUUUCUAUCAACCUGGUACUUUCUAUGGAAAUUGAUGACUGUGUUGUUGAUGAAGGAUGUGUGGUAUGAUGAGUAUACAUGGCCUCUGCUGGUCUUUCUGUUCUCCUGCUGUGUGUACCCACUGGCCUCCAGCUGUGCCCAUACCUUCAGCACCAUGUCUACCCGUGCUCACCAUAUCUGCUACUUCUUUGACUAUGGAGCACUCAGUCUGUACAGCCUCGGUUCAGGGAUCAGCUAUUCUGCAUAUAUUAUACCUGAUGCAUGGAUCAACAGCACUUUUCACACAUGCUACAUUCCUGUAGCUGUAUUUAACACCAUCUUCUCAACCAGCCUAGCCUGCUACUCAAGGCUUGGCUUACCAUUCUUUCACUAUAACCCUGACAUAGAUGAAAGAUUUUCUGAGAGACAGAGCCCAAGGCUGAGUAAGGUUUUACGAAUUCUUGCCUUUGUCUACCCGUACUUGUUUGAUAACAUUCCUCUUUUCUACAGGUUAUUUCUGUGUGUAGGUGAGGGUUGCACUGUUAAUGAGGCAAACUCCAUUCAUAUUCAACACACACUGCUUGCAUUUCUUACCGGAUUCUUGUUUGCAGCACACCUACCUGAGAGACUGGCACCUGGACGAUUCGACUAUAUAGGUCACAGCCAUCAGCUGUUCCAUGUAUGUGGGAUCAUUGGGACACACUUCCAGAUGAAGGCCAUAGAAACUGACAUGGUGCUGAGAAGAUCACAGCUGCUUGUCAGUGCUCCAGCUAUCACCUUUAACAACACACUGGGGGCUGCCCUGGUCUGUGUCUGCAUCAGUCUAGGAAUCAUAUGCAUUUAUAGUCUACCUCUGCUCUACGGCACCCCACCCAGAAACACAGCUAACAAAGAUGCUUGUACUGAUGGAAAGAAAUGCAAGGACUAAGAGCUCCCAGAGACAUGGGGGUCUGAGAAAGACAGAUCGCAGUCUUGCACAACUAUUAUAAUUACCAAAGUUAUUAUGGAAAUAUAUCUAGGCAGGGGCGUUGUUUCCAGGGGGGAUUUGGGGGAGGUAACCCCGUCCCCAAUAAUCAAAACAAGCAAGUACAACCCCCCCCCACCGUAUCUAGGACAUUCUUUUUUACUAGAUAUUACGUUAUACAAAUCCCCAAGAGGGGGUUGUAAGUUUACUGAAGCUAUGCAUGCUGAGAUUGCUAAGAGGAAUGAGUGAGUAAAUGCGUUACAACUUCUCAGGGGAGUGCACGGAAAGGCACUGUUCAUUUCUGGACAUUAUAAGUCAUUGGGUGGGUGUUAAAUACGGCUCCAUUUCUGUUUAGAUGUCUAGACAAACACUACACAAGCUCACAGCACUGACCUCAGCAAAUCACUAACAACAUUAAACCAUUGUGUAAAUAUCUGUACAGUAUUUGUUGUGUGCACAGAUGACAAAAUCCACAGUGAAAAUCGUGAUUUAUACUACUACACAUUUCCUCUGUAAGACUGUAAAACAGCACAAGAAUUAAUGUGGAGGUAUUAUAAUUUCAACACAUCCGUUGACAGCUAUUGGUCAAGCAACCAAUUUUUUUUUAUUAUCUUUCUGUAAUAAUAAUAAUUAAAAAUAUAUAUAUUUUUAAAAAAUUAUCUUUUUUUAAAAAAAAUUUUUUUUUUUAUUUUUUUAUUUCUAAUGAAGACCUAAAUAUUUUCGUGUAAUAAAAAGAGAGGUCCUGAUUGAAGGUUGUCAGUGUGUGUUAUACUGCCGUUUACAGCCU